ACUUGUCAACUAAUCUCAUUCUAAACGAAGAAGGUUUUAUUUGCGUAUACCGUUUAAUCAUUUUGGGGCUGUAUCAAAUAUUAUCGGUGCCACACAAUUUAUGGAAUGUCAAUUUAAUCUACUCUUUGUGGAAUGUUAAAAUUUUCUAUAAGGGCGUCAUUCGUGUUGUCAACUUCAAACCUUGUUUUGCUUAGAAAAAUGAGUGGCAAUGUUGAAAAAUCGUCUUGCAUAUUUUGUAAUAUAGUAAAUAAGUUGGAAAACACCGAAAUAUUGUACGAAGAUGACUUCGUUUGUGUCUUUAGGGACAUAAAACCGGCCAGUAAAUACCAUAUUUUAACGAUACCUAAACGACACAUUGAGGAUGCGAAAGCGCUUACGCCGGCUGAUAAGGAUUUAGUUGAGAAGAUGCUAACCGUCGCUAAGGAUAUGCUAGCCCAAAACAACCUGUCCAUCGAAGACGCAAGGUUCGGUUACCAUUGGCCACCAUUCCGAAGUGUAAGACAUUUGCACCUGCAUACAAUAGCUCCAGAGUCCCAAAUGGGGCUCUUGGCGAAAAUGAUAUUCAAGAAGGAUUCAUACUGGUUUGUUUCGCCAGAUUAUGUGGCAUCAAGGCUAUGAAGUGUUGCCAGGAGCAAUUAGUGGAAAUAUAAUAGUGAAUUGUUUAUUGUUUAUUAUAAAUAUAUGAAAUUAAUGUUGGCUAAUUUUUCUGGAGUUUAGCUGCCAGUCUGACUUUAGAAGAUGUUUUUAUUGUAUAAUUAUUAAAAACGAAAUAUAAUAUGUCACAAUUAACAUAUUUAUAACAAAAGAAUUCUUUGAAAUCUUCACUUAUAUGUAAUAUUAUAAAUGCCAAAGUGUGUUUGUUUGGCUUUUUUUUACAUUGUAACAGUGAUUUUAUGUGAUUUUAUACGUAUGUUAUAUAAUUUUGGAGAUUGGAGAUACUUAGGAAGGUAGAGAGUGAUAUAAGGUUUCUUUUUCCGUAACAUCUCAUUCCGAUGCGUAUACAUAGCCCUUUAAAUUUUAUUAAGACUGCGACAAUUGUACGCCUCUUACUGUUGAUUAUCUCAACCAGACAUUCAUCCAGUUAUGCUGUAGCUCGCCCCGUUCAGUAUUGUUACAUAAUAAUUAGUUAAAUAUAUUUUAUACAUUUGGUUUUAUGGUUGUUUUAAUAAAUAAU